AUUCCAUCACUUCCCCAAAGCAAAGAAUAUGUGUCUUCAUUUUUACAUUUUCCUUCCAUAAGAAGAAAAAAAAAAGGAGAAAUGAUUCGGUGCUUCGCGUGGACAACACCUGUAGGUGAUCCCUUCAUCACUACCGUCCAUUUCACAUCUCCACCAUCUAUCAGAAUCUCCGCAUCUCGUUCUUGCGCGUCAUCAUCAUCAUCACCAUCAUCAUCGUCAGUAGCAGCUUCUAGAAGAUCAAUAUCUCUCUCUAUUAUCGCCGCCACGUCUUUCUUCAUCUCCUCCGGUUGCUUCUCUUCUCCGGCACUCGCUGAAUUCUCUGAAAUCCCAAAUUCCGGCGGAGUUAAAGGUCUCGACCUCCGAGUCGGCGACGGUGAAGUCCCAAUUGAAGGAGAUGAGAUUGCAAUACAUUACUAUGGGAGAUUGGCUGCGAAGCAAGGAUGGAGAUUUGAUUCAACAUAUGAUCAUAAAGACAGUAAUGGAGAGUCUGUUCCCUUCACAUUCAUCCUCGGUUCUAGCAAAGUCAUUCCAGGGAUCGAAACAGCCGUGAGGUCGAUGAAGGUAGGUGGGAUUCGUCGGGUGAUUAUUCCUCCGUCUCAAGGCUACCAGAAUACAUCACAAGAACCUCUCCCACCAAACUUCUUUGACAGACAAAGACUCUUCACGACCAUCUUUAAUCCAACACGUCUCGCCAAUGGAGAAGGUUCUACACUUGGGACCCUCGUUUUUGACAUCGAACUUGUCAGCACCAGACGCCUUAACCGAUGAGUCAUACUGCCAUUCAUAGUAUUCACUGGUUUCUUGUUAGGCAAGAAAUCAUAUAAUAUACAAUUACAUUGAAUUUAAACAAAACUUUCGUAUGCAUUUGGAUAAAUUAGUUUCCUGUGUUAAUUUCAUUUGGAUAUUCUAUAAGAUACGUGAGUAGAAAAUUCAACUUUGAUACAAAUGAAGUUUGAUU